UUCCUCUCUUCUCAAACCAUUCAUUUAUCUAAAAACAAUUCCUACCAAAAGAAAAAACUACAAAUCAAACACAGAAAAUGUCAGCAGCUACAAUUUCUACCAUCUCAAUGAUGGACUCCAACAUGGAAGUUGACAAACUAACAUACGAAAUCUUCUCCAUUCUCGAAAAAAACUUCCUCUUUGGCUACGAAAAUGACCCAAAAAAACUUUCUCAUGCAUGCAAAGACAACCUUAAUUUCUCCAAAAAAAAUGUCACCACCGGAAAAGUAAGAAUUCUCUCAAUUGACGCUUGUGGUUCCACUAAUGGCAUUCUUGCAGCAAAAUCUUUAGCCCACUUAGAAACAACCCUUUGUUUAAAAACAGGAAAUAAAAACACCCACGUUGCUGAUUACUUUGAUGUUGUCGCCGGCGCCGGUGCCGGCGGUAUACUAGCCGGACUUUUAUUUACACGUGGCAAAAAUGAGGUCCCACUGUUUACAGCAAAUGAAGCUUUAAAAUUUAUUGUUGAGAAUGGCCGGAAAAUUUCAAGAAUUUCAGGAAAUGGCAUUUUCCAGCGAGUUUUCCGGUCACCGGAGAAGAUGUUUGACCAAGUUUUUGGUAAGUUGACUUUAAAAGAAACUGUAAAAACGGUUUUAAUCCCAUGUUAUGAUUUAACAACAGGAUCAGCUUUUUUAUUUUCACGUGCUGAUGCAUUGGAAAUGGACGGUUGUGAUUUUAAGUUGGUUGAUGUAUGUGGUGCCACGGUGGCUGAUCAUGCGGUGGAGGUUAAAUCAGUUGAUGGGAAAAGAAAGAUCAGAGCCGUUGGUGGUGGGGUUGUGAUGAAUAAUCCAACGGCUGCGGCUAUUACACAUGUGCUUAAUAAUAAACAAGAAUUUCCAUUUGUUAAUGGAGUUGAAGAUUUGUUGGUAGUUUCUUUGGGAAAUGGAGAAUCAGAUUCCGGUGACGGAAAUGUGACGUCAUCGCCGGCGAUGUUUGUCAAGAUUGCCGGAGAUGGAGCUGCCGACAUGGUAGAUCAAGCUGUAUCAAUGGCAUUUGGAGAAUUUAGGAACAGUAACUAUGUUCGGGUACAAGGAAAUGAAAUUGUUGGGAAAAAACAACACAUGACAAAAGAUGAAAAGAUGCGAAAAUCAGUGGCCAUUGCUGAGGAAAUGCUAAGGCAGAGGAAUGUGGAAUCUACAUUAUUUCAAGGGAAAAAGUUGGUGGAACAAACCAAUUUGGAUAAAUUGGAAAUAUUUGCAGGUGAAUUAAUCAAAGAACAAGAAACGAGGAAAACUAGCAUAUUACUCCCAGUUGUUUUGAAACAAUCGCCAUCAGCUCCUAGGACAUCAUCUGCAACGACUGUAUCGACUAUUUCGUCGUGUUAGUAAAAUAAUAGGAAAGAUCGUAUGUAUCAUGAUCACAUAUUAGCUCGAUUUUAAGUUAGAUUAGUAAGAUAAGGCAAGACGAGUCGGUUAGCUCGUUGAAUCAAGGCUGAAUUAUGGGUUUGAAGCCACUCGUGAUGAAUAAAUUCAAACGUCCGAGUUUGUGCGUAAGUUUUCGGUUUAUUUUUUAAAUUUUAGGUUGCUGUUGUAGUAAAAUGUAUAUCUAGAUUAUGAAUCUUGAUGAAUGUGUGUAUGUUUUUUGUUGUUAAUAUUAUGAAAGGACUGCUUGUUAGAGCAA